UUAAAAUAUUACUUCAGUAAAAAGUAGUAACAGGCAUAUCCAAAUGGUCAACUUCUCGUCUUUCUUACCAUAAUCAUUUUUCGGUGCUUUCUAGGUUUUCUGUUAUACCAAGGUUGCAUAUUUUGUUUGAAUUUGGGGCAUGAGAGUGCAGAGCGCCGACCUUUUUGAUCCAAGAACAAUUAUGGAAUCAGAUUACCCACCUGGCACUGUUCUUGACCCAUCCGGGUCUGACCCAGAUUUUGCUUUUGCGUUCAACGACAGUAAUUUCUCCGAUCGGAUUCUUAAAAUCGAGAUCAUUCCCGAUUUGCCUGACCACAAAUCCGACGGUGAUCCUUGUACUAGUAUUGCUGACUGGGUUCGCAACCGUAAGCGAAGACGAGAGGAUAUCAAGAAAGAAACUGUAAUUGUUGCUGCUGAGGUUAUUGGGCAAAGUGAAGAGCAGAUUAUAAACAUGCCGGACACGGAUGAUGCUGUGGUUUAUGAAAAUCAAGAUGAAGAACCUAUGGCUAUGAUUGAGGAACCUCCUAUAGAUAAUCCGAAUCAACCUGAUGAUGAUAUCCCUAAGGACCCUAAUAGUAACGAUUCAUCUUGGAACAUGGAUUGUUCAGCUGUUCUUAAAGUUAAGACUCUACAUAUUAGUUCUCCAAUACUGGCAGCUAAGAGCCCAUUUUUCUACAAGUUGUUUUCAAAUGGGAUGAGAGAGUCUGAGCAGCGACAUGUAACUUUACGUAUACAUGCCUCUGAAGAAGCAGCAUUCAUGGAGCUCCUUAAUUUCAUGUAUAGUAAUUCUCUAUUAACAACCACACCUACUGCUUUGUUGGACGUGCUGAUGGCAGCCGACAAAUUUGAGGUAUCUUCAUGUAUGAGAUAUUGUAGCAGGAUGCUGCGAAAUUCGCCCAUGACAUGUGACUCUGCCUUGCUUUACCUGGACCUGCCUUCUACUGUUUUAAUGGCUGAAGCUGUUCAGCCACUGACAGAUGCCGCAAAGCAGUAUCUUGCUGCACGAUAUAAGGACAUAAACAAGUUCCAGGAAGAGGUUCUUAACUUGCCCUUGGCUGGUAUUGAGGCAAUAUUAUCCAGUGAUGUUCUGCAGGUAGCUUCAGAGGAUGCUGUGUAUGACUUUGUGCUCAAGUGGGCACGUAUUCAUUAUCCCAAGCUGGAUGAACGGCGAGAAGUCCUUGCCACACGCCUCGGCAGACUGAUACGUUUCCCAUUUAUGACUUGUAGAAAACUAAAGAAGGUCUUAACUUGCAACGAUUUUGAUCCCGAACUUUCAUCGAAGGUUGUGCUUGAGGCACUUUUUUACAAAGGUGAGACACCAUAUCGGCAGCGUAUUCUCGCUGCAGAGGAGGCUAAUGCCACUUAUCGACGAUUUGUAGAACGUGCAUACAAGUAUCGACCAGUUAAAGUGGUGGAGUUUGAAACGCCACGUCAGCAAUGUGUGGUGUACCUGGACUUAAAACGCGAGGAGUGUGGGCAUCUGUUUCCAACUGGACGAGUAUAUUCUCAAGAUGAAUUUGAGUAUCAUCUUAGAGUAGAAAAUUACACAAGUGAUUCCCUGGAUACUUUCCUUCAGGAUUCUGCUUUCAAGACUCUAGUCCGGCGCCAUCCGCAAACAGGUUCUCUGUAUAGAGCUUUUCUUCCGGCCAAUUUGUCAGGUAUGGAGGUUUCAAUUGUACGUCUGAGAAGCCGAAGACUGUGGAAUGUCGGUGCUAGUUUUAGCAGCUUCCAUAUUCCAUCAGGAACCAAAACAGUGCCUCAUGUCAUGAGGCUAGCUAUAGUGUAUCAGAACUUAGGCAACUGGUCUUCUCAAUAUUACAAUGUUCCAGGCUACUCGAUGGCGACUUCUGUUGUGGGUUUCAAGGUUUUCGAUGCAUCAAAUGCGACAAAUGAUAGUGCAGAGAGAAUUAGUGUUGAUACUAACGGAAGGGAUAUGGUAAUUCAUUUCUCGGACUCGGCAUUUCAUGGAAGUAUGAUCUCUGAAGUGAAAUGUGCUGCGUUUAGAGAAGACGGGAGUUUUCGCCUUAGUGAAAUGAAGCAGGGUAAUGUAUGUUAUUCUCAAGAACAGGGCCAGUUUUCUCUUGUAGUUCCAAUGAAGAGAUCAGAAGGAGAGGGUCAAAGGAAGCGUUGGAUUUGGUAUGCAUGGAUGGUAGGGUUUGUAGUUGGAUUAGGAGGACUUGGUUUGGUUGGAUAUUUUAGUUUUGUGUCGAUGAAAGUUUUGAAGACUCAAAAGAUGCAAGUAAUGCAAAAACAAGCUGAUGAAGAUUUGGUUCUUCAAACUAUUUGGAUUGGUAAUAGUAAAAUGCCUUCUGCUACAAUAACAAGAACACAACCAACCAUCGAGACCGGAGAUUUUCCGUAGCUCUGCAUUAUCAUCUGUGUUAACAAAUCUGUUGUAGAUGAAGAUGUUCAGAUUUGUCUUGAAUAUGAAUGUGAUUCAGAUUUUCUUAAUUACCAACUCAUGCAUUUUUGAAUCAA